AUGGGCCCUUUCUGUAACGAUGUCGUUUUGAAUUUACAUGAAGCGACGGAAACUCUUGCUGAGAACCAAUCGUUCUCUCAGAGGCUCUCCGCUCUUGCAAGCAAAAGAGAGGAUUGUUUCUUGAACUGGAGAAGACAGAGAGAAGAAGUUAUGAGCAGCACAAGCACGAGUUCUGCUGCUCUAAUCCACCAUUUCCGCCUCACCAGUCUCAACUUGAAUUCCCCUAGAAAUCUUCCGUACACUCUGAGUUUCUGCAACUCAUGGAAGGAAAGUGGACUUCGAAACGGUGUGACGCGACGCUCUAGCAAAAGCUUAACCCCCGUGACUCGCUUAUCAGCUCUGGGUGAAAACUCCGUUGAUUCACCAAUAGAAAUCACUCCCAGCGUUAGCUCUGCUGUAGAAGACAGACCAGCUGUGGAAGAUGCAUCCUUUGAGCAAGAAGACAAAGCAAGUUCGAUAUAUGAGUUUCUGUAUCCUCGCAAAGACGAGCUUCCUGAUGACAAAGAGAUGACUAUAUUCGAUCACCUCGAGGAGCUCCGUGAGAGAAUAUUCGUCUCUGUUUUGGCUGUGGGAGCUGCAAUCACGGGUUGCUUCGCUUACUCCAAAGAUUUAAUCGUGUUUCUUGAAGCCCCUGUCAAAACACAGGGUGUACGGUUUCUUCAGCUAGCUCCAGGAGAAUUCUUCUUCACAACUUUAAAGGUAUCGGGUUAUUGUGGGCUUCUACUAGGGAGUCCAGUAAUACUGUAUGAGAUUAUAGCUUUUGUACUUCCUGGUUUGACACGAGCUGAGAGAAGGUUUUUGGGGCCAAUUGUGUUUGGUUCCUCUUUGCUCUUCUAUGCUGGACUUGCUUUUUCCUACUGGAUUUUAACCCCUGCAGCCUUGAAUUUCUUUGUCAACUACGCAGAAGGGGUGGUUGAAUCUCUCUGGUCUAUUGAUCAGUACUUUGAGUUUGUACUUGUGCUUAUGUUCAGCACUGGCUUGUCUUUCCAGGUUCCAGUAAUUCAGUUACUCCUGGGACAAGUAGGGGUGGUGUCAGGAGAUCAAAUGCUAUCCAUAUGGAAAUAUGUUGUGGUUGGUGCGGUGGUUGUAGCAGCUGUUGUCACUCCCUCGACAGACCCUGUCACUCAAAUGCUCCUAGCAACGCCUCUUUUGGGGCUAUACUUGGGUGGUGCGUGGAUGGUCAAGCUCACAGGUCGGUGAGGAUCUUAGAUUAUCAAAGACAAAUAAAAUCAUGUAUAUCACCUUCCAUGCAAGAAACCACAGUUUGGUACUUACAUUGUUUAUCUGAAACAUAAUCUUUAUAGCAACCAAAAAAGAGAACAUAGGUCUCAAUGGGGCUAUGUAAAUCCUAUCUUCUACAACCCAUGAACAUUAAACUCUGAGACCAACCAUUAACAUGGAGAUACCUGCAACGUUUACUAUAUAAUCUCACAAUUUUCAUUAUAAAGACGCUUCACCUGAGAGCUGAAAAACAACUUUUGUUAAUGCGUCCAGAAUCAUUUAGGAUUUGUUUCAGGUUUAAAAUCCACUGAUGUAAAGAUGAAACAUAAACAAGGAAGAGAAAUGCCACAAGUAAAUCACAACAAUAUUAAAGAGUCUGUGUGCUAAUGGUUGCACAACACUCAGUUUCUGAUAACCGAAUUUAACAAAUGCACUUUCAAAUGCCCGUCCACGUUUUCACUUGUCUAUGCUGUGCUCUCUUUUCUCAUCUGACAACAUUCCAUCAGUUUCGGAUGCCGACUCUCUGUCAUGUUUAUGAAGCCCUCUCCUUCGCAUUGCUCCAUCAUCCUCGCCUGAAGACUCUUCCCUUCGAUGCCUUUUGUGUUGUCUUCUCUUUCCACUCUUCCCACCAUCCUCAGAGUCGCUGGACGAGGCUGAACCUCUGCUGUGCCUGUGAUAUUUGCCUCGUCUUCUUCCUCCUUUCUCUUCCUCGCUAUCACUUGAAGUAACCACCUCGCUAUGCGACUUGUGCCUUGAGCUAUGCGACUUGUGCCUCCGGUGGUGUCUUAUCUUUA